GAGGGAGGGUUUCACAAGGUCUGCGCACGACGGAGGGAUACGGAGGGGAGGGUUUCACAAGGUCGGCGCACGACGAUUGACUGGUUGAGCGCCUCUACUGCUACUCGACCGUGGAGGCGUGGACGGUGGACAACGAACAACCUCCUGAGCCUCGACUCAAAAAUCUCAAUUGCUCUGCGCCAUUUCAGUUUGCGAGGCUGUGACAUGGAGAUGGGGCGGCUCCCUUAGGUUACGAAGGGGAGAAUCCCCAUUGGUGAAUCUCAUCACCUGGUCGGAAAUUUAAACUGGAGGGGACACCAUAGGGCCGAGGGAGAGUACAACAGUUCACCGGGAUUUCGUUGCAGAGCAGAAAUGGUUGCCCAGUACGAGCUGGUCGCCGAUUUCAUUCCGACGAACUUGGGGUAUUCGGAUAGCCAGUCAGGGCCAAGCAGAUUUCAAGAUUUUCACCGAUUCAGUUUCUAGGGGUGCUCCUUCCAAGCUUAAUUAUAAACAUACCGCAACAAUGGGAUGGCAACCAGGGAAAUUUGCAAGUUUUGAGAAGAGAGUUAAAUCUGAUAGUGGAUGGAGAGUCUGGAAUGAGCUCAAACAGCACAAGGAAGACACCAAACAGGUUAGAGAAGUGGUCGGACCAGAUUCAACUACCAUAGGUCAUCAGAAACGUCUUCAUAUUGAAAGUAAAAAAAAUUAUUUUGAGAUUGAAUCUUUAAUGCUAAAAAUCGGUCAAAUCAAGGAGGAUCAUAAGUUCAUAACGUUUCUAUUAUUCUUGAGAAGGAUCGAAAGAUUACUAGGUACGAGACCUUUAAAAAAUUAACUCUUUUAACACAUAUAUAUCCAGUAGCAAAAUUGGUUGAUUUAUUCGUGAAUGAAUGCAAAAAUGGUUUAAAGAGCGUCGUGAUUCAGCGCAUUAAACUAUCAUUAGUUUAACAAAUCAAUAUAUCUUUUAAUCCUUCCCAAAAAUAAUAGAAACGUUAUGAACACAUAUAUAUAAGGAUUGUAUUAUCAUUACUCUAACAAAUCAAUAUAUCAUUUAAAAUUAAAUUUGAAUGCAUUCAUUUAUAUUAACAAUGUUAUUAAUGUCAUUUCUAAUGUCAAUGUCGUUCAAAUGUCAAUGUCAUUGUCAAUGCUAUUUCAUUGCCAUUGUUAUGUUAUUGGAACGCAAAUGUCAAUGUUAUACCAUUGUCAACGACAAUGGCAAUGGCAAUGCCAUUUUUAAGACAUUGGUGAAGAAAAUAAUAUAAAUGACCUAUUUUUCUGUAAUUAGUAUGUAAUUCGCUUUUAUUGUCAAAAAUCUCCUCAGCAACAAUCUUAGUAGAAGGCUUUUGAGCAAGCACCACCUUGUGAUCCUUGGAACUGCAUUCUUUUUGUUAUUAAUAACUUUGCACAUUUUCUCCCUUGAUAAUGCAGGGAAUGUUUCAAAUGCCCAAAUCUGAAUGGCAAACAUAUACCCAGAAAAAUUGUAUCUUCCUUUGUGUGAUUUUGACAUGUUUUUUGCACAUUUGUCAACAUUAUCAACAAAGUCCUUCCACACAUCCUCACCCCAUGCAUAUGAAUUAAAUUUGUCCAGAUCAUUGACCAAAUUAGCAUAAGCCAGUGACAUUGUAAUGGACGUCUAAUUCCCUAGAAGUAGAUUCGAUAGAACAUACAAUAACAUCAGUUUUACCUAGGAAUGGUUCAGUACGAUAUUCCGAAUAUUUUCUCUCAUACCUUUGUCGUACCGAAACUUUCAGUAUACAAAAUUUAUAUACCGUUACCUUACUGAAGUUUCGGUAUACCGCAUUUCGGUAUACCGAAGUUUCGGUUCGGUAACGGUACGGUAUCGGUAAAUUACCAUGCAUGCCCCCCAAUACAAAAAAUUAUCAGACUAACAAAAUAUAAUAAAUCAGUGUACUAACGACAUAUUUAAUCCAUUAUUAAAAUGUUACAAAAUACAAUUAAUAAUCUAUUGAUGUCAUAUUCAAUAUCGAACAAUAAUUAUUAUUAGUAUAUAUAAGCAGUUCAGCAUAUUUAAAUAACUUGAACAAUAUAGAUAUAAUUAAAUGAAUAGUGAUCACUAACAAAAAUAAAUAAAAUUAUUCAAACAACAUGGAUAUAAAAUCAUUUAUCCAUAAUAUGGUAUUGUGUAUUUAGUCUUUUUUUAUAAUUUUAAAUAAAAUAUUUGAAUAAGACUUUCGAACAAAGUUCUGUGCCCCGACUUAUGGAAUCUCUAUGUCGAUACACUCGUCACAUAAGUGUAUCCCUCUUCACUCGUCAGCUACUUAGCGGCUCAGCCAUCGCGACUCGCAAGCUUAUGGAACAAGAUGGACAGUCUGGAUAUUUGUACAUUACUCAUUAGUCAUUAGGAUUUGUUUGUUUGAAUGUUACGUAGUAGAAGCCUAGAAGGUUAUAGUGGGUUUGGGAAAUUGGGCCUUAUUUUUGUAUUUUUGUAUUUGUAACCAACAUAAGUAUUAAUUUUGGGCUUCCAACUUGUAAUGGACUUUUAUAAUAUUUUAGAAUUUAUAGUAAUCACUGGGUGGGAGUCGGUACGGUAUUAUACCGGUAUACCGUGGUAUUUGAAAAAAUUUAUCGUUAUUGUACUGAAAUAUAUCGGUACGGUAUCAUACCGUACCGAAAAUGACGGUAUACCGAUAUUUCGGUAUUUUCCGGUAUUUUUCGGUACGGUAAGUGUUGUAUACCGAUUUUUCGGUAUUUUUGCCCAGCCCUAGUUUUACCCCCAUCAUUUGGCCUUGCAUUACUGUCCUCUCUGUUGAAAUUUUUGAAUGCCCUUCCAACAUCACCUUUGUACAGUGACCUCUUCUUAUUUUGCUGGAAGUAUCUGCUCCAAAUAUCACCUUCUUCAGAGUUCAAUUUCUUUGUCACCAAUUAAUCUUAAAUUUGUUAUCGAACUUGUCUUUGCUGAAACUGACAAGUUUGUUUUGUAUAUGAAAUACAAGCAUGUCUUUAACGACAUUGCCAUUUAUUUCAUUGACAUUGCUUCCAACUGAUUCUGUUAUUGGAUUGCUUAAGACGAAACUUAAUGAGGAAGAACUCAAUAACUUCAAAAAACAGCAUUCGUAAGCAUCUGGACAUUGUUGAUAUUAAAUGGAUAAGGGGCCAACUGCUGAUAUACCUAGUUGGAUGCAAUGUCAGUGAAAUAAAUGACAAUGUCGGUAAAGACAUGCUUGUAUUUCAUAUACAAAACAGACUUGUCAGUUUCAGCAAAGACAAGUUCUGUAUGAUAACAUGUUUAAGUUUUAUUGGUGACAAAGAAAUUGAAAACUCUGAAGAAGGUGAUAUUUGGAGCAGAUACUUCCAGCAAAACAAGAAGAGGUCACUGUAUAGAGGUGAUGUUGGAAGGGCAUUCAAAAAUUUUAACAGAGAGGACAGUAAUGCAAGGCCAAGUGAUGGGGUAAAACUGACGCUAUUGUAUGUUCUAUCAAAUCAGCUUUUGGGGAAUUAGACAUCAUUAUAAUGUCAUUGGCUUAUGCUAAUUUGGUGAAUGAUCUGGAUAAAUUUAAUUCAUAUGCAUGGGGUGAGGAUGUGUGGAAGGACCUUGUUGAUAAUGUUGGCAAAUGUGCAAAAAAUAUGUCAAAAUCACACAAAGGAAGAUACAAUUUUCGUGUGUAUAUGUUUGUCAUUCAGAUUUGGGCAUUUGAAACAUUCCCUGCAUUAUCAAGGGAGAAAAUGUGCAAAGUUAUUAAUAACAAAAAUGAUGCAGUUCCAAGGUUCACAAAGUGGUGCUUGCUCAAAAAGCCUUCUGCUAAGAUUGUUGCUAAGGAGAUUUUUAACAAUAAAAAGGUAAUUACAUACUAAUUACGGAAAAAUAGAUCAUUUAUAUUAUUUGUUCACCAAUGUCUUAAAAACGUCAUUGUCAUCGACAAUGGUAUUACAUUGCCAUUGUCGUUGACAAUGAUAUAACAUUGACACUUGCGUUCCAAUAACAUAACAAUGUCAAUGACAUAGCAUUGCUAAUGACAUUGACAUUUGAACGACACAAACAUUGCAAAUGACAUUAAUAACAUUGUUAAUAUAAAUGAAUGCAUUUAAAUAUUUAAUUUUAAAAGAUAUAUUGAUUUGUUAAACUAAUGAUAGUACAAUCCUUGUAUAUAUGUGUUAAUUUUAUCAUAACGUCUCUAUUAUUCUUGGGAAGGAUUAAAAGAUAUAUUGAUUUGUUAAACUAAUGAUAGUUUAAUGCGCUGAAUCACGACGCUCUUUAAACCAUUUUUGCAUUCGUUCAUGAAUAAAAUCAAUCAAUUUCGCUAAUCUCACUCCAAUCAAGAAUAAUAAAGACCUUAUUGGGCCUAGACUAUUUUUAUACCUUAUAUAUAUGUGUUGUAUCUGUUUUUUUAAUGGAUAUACUUCAUUAGAUAUACUAACAUGAAUGUAGGGGAAGCUGCUAAGUACCUGAAUGUUUAGUCUUCCAAGUGUUGUAAGUUUAUAAUCAAUUACUUCAAUACUUUUACCCCGGAAGUGUUUGGCAAUUGGUCGUUGGUUGAUUCUGUUCGCUGAUUACUGAGAGCAGAUUCUGUUGACUGUUUUGAUUAGCUGAUAGUGUUCGAGCUGUUUAUAAAAUAGUGUUUGGUUAAACGAUUGUUUAUAUUCGACUAAUAACUUGUUAAAUUACUUUUAAGGACAUCAAUGAACUUUUUUGUUAAUAUUAUUAGUACAAUUACUUAAAA